GCGCGAGCCCGACCCUUCGAGACUCGGUCGGAUUGGGAGUUCGCUGGUGCUCGUUCGCGAGAGUUCCGAAUUGCUGCUGCAAAUGAGUCAAUUCUCGGCAGACACCGAUUGAUUUCGUUAAGGAUUUGCCAACGGAAGAAGUUGGGGAGGUCCCGAAGCAUGAAAGCUGCAUGCCUAGUCCGGGUCCGGGUGCAGUUACGGUCUCGAGUGCCUCCAACAGCUCUGCUACAUGCUUCUGAGCGUAGACAAAAUGUUCGCCAUCUGCGGAAUUGUAUCUGUGGGAUUUUACCGGCUGAUCAGAAGGAGAUACUCUGUCAUAUGUGCUCAGUUCUGCGGACUCGGAGACUUCGGAUCUUCACCGCGGAGUGCAGGACGGCGCAGUCAAGGACAGUAUUACGACGAUUGACAUUUCGGAAGCACUGAUCUGGACAUUCGAAGUUUGACGAUUUUGAAGAGAUAGAGCAAAUUGAGCUUCAGGAAGCACAUUGCGGAGCUAAUUAAUUUGCAGAAUUGAGCCAGUGAGGCUGAGUGAAGAAGGCUUUUCGCAAUGUAUAUGCUCAAUUCUUCUCGUCCGUCGCUCAUUGCGAGCACGGACAUGACCUUGCAUGGAGACCAAGAGAGCACGUGGCUCUGGAUUGAUGGCCACAGAAUACCUUAUUACACUGAGUUCGAUGUUGGAGGUAGUUUCUAUCAUAAGAUCUCAGAAGCCAUGGAACUGAUUGAAUCUGAUCGCAACGGUUAUUACCUCUUCAAAGUUCCACUGCAAUGGUACCUUGUGGACACGAACCAUGGUUGCAUGAUGCAUGCAGGUGCCACGGCAGCAGCGUUCAACAUUGCAGGCACUGCUGCAGUGAUGAGUUUAUUACAAGUCUUCCAGAAGCAUAAGUCAGGGGAGAUGGUUAUUGACUACCUCUGUCGAACUCGUCAGUAUGGGAAUAUAGCCGAAGUGGAAGCAAGAGUUGUUAAGUUCGGAACGAAAGUGGCAGUGACCAACAUUAAGGUAACGGACCAGCAAUCGAAGGAGGUGUUAGCUCGAGGGGUUCUGAGCACCUGCCUGGGGAAGGUCAAACCUCCUCCUCCCGUGUACAGAAGGAACAUCCAGCCCCAUCCCUGGAGGUUUAGGAAGACUUUCAAGACGUUCGAGCAGAGCAGGGGCAUUAGCAUCACGGAUGUGGACAUGUGGGAUCUUUCUGGAGGUCACUUGGCAACUGAUCAGAAGUACUUACCUGUCGAAGCUAGGAGCAAAAAUUUGUUAGCCAAGACUGGAGAGAGACAGCACGUCUGUCCUGCUUGCGAGAGUGUGGUCGGAGACAGGAAGGAAAUAAGCAAACUUGAGAAACUGGGAAUCGCUCGUCCUUCUCUGGUCAGCUUCCAGCUGGGAGAAAUCGCCAAGAAAGCUGCAAAGCACUGUCCAGUUGUCAAAGCUAUGCAGACAAUCCAACUGAGGAAACAACUCUGGACGUUGAGGCCUGAAGACUUUGACCUGCCCAUAUCACCGCUGCCUCCUGAACCUGCCCCUGUAUUUGCCAAUGAUCCUACGCAUAUUCGUUUACCGUUUUUAAAACGAUACAGCAUGUAAAGUCAGGAAUCUUAGAAAUAUUGUCCCAGCAGCAUUCGAUAGUGUAAAUAUCGCAAUGGGCCUGGAAAGCAUGAAGUGAUAUCUCCGGGGAUAUUUGUUAGAGGCCACUAUUAACCAUUAUCAUUUGGUAUCACUUCCUCAAAACCGUCGUCGCACUCUCGAAUAUCUUCAUCCCAUCGCUGAGAACAUUCUGCCACGAAAGAUUUUCACCAUCUUCAGCCUUCACAGGCAAUCAAUUUUCUCACUGAAUCGCAAUUAUCACUUAGCUUAUGAUAUCCGGCUUUACACAAUUGGAUUUGUGCUGGCCACUCCCUUCAGGAGGAUGUAUAAGUAUAUCUCGAUUUUUUCCAACUCGUACCCCAGUUGGUGACUACUCUAGCCCGUAGAUUGUUUCCUUCCACUCAACAAUAUGUACAUAUGUUUCCUUCCAACCAACUAUAUGGAACUUACCUCCUACUGCUCCACAAGAAACUACAGUUGAGCUUUAACCAU